GCAAAGCUAACUAAGUUUUAAUGAUAUUUUUCUGGUUUAGUGUUCUUACGUCAUACAGAUUAAUUUUUCAUCAAAUUUACAUGAUUUUGCUGUUUGAAUUAUUGUGAAAGCUGGAUAAAUUUUGAUUCAGUAUAAUGUAACUGAAAGUUUCCAUACAAUAAAUUAGUUAAUGAGAUCUCUUAGAGGCUUGCAAAAUAUCUGGCAAUGUGAUUUUGUGGAUUUACUUGAAAUUGAUUCCCAAUGUGGAAAUGGUUUGGAUGUACUGGGUGUUGUAGACCAAAGUGUUUCAAGAAAAACAUGGAGGGUCGACGACCAAUUGUCAAAUCUAAUACAUUCCAAGAUACUGUUGAGCCAGCUGAAGAAGUAAACAUGGAAGCUGUUAAUGUGACAACUGAGCAACCACACCCUGGUCCCUCACCUGUGCAGGACAGAAUAGGUGAAGGCCAUGUCAAAUCAGAGGUCAAGGCCAUUGGGGUCAGUUCUUCAGAUGGGCAGGAUAAGGAUUUAGGCUCUUCUGUUGAUGAUAUACCUUUAAUUGACCUUUCAACUUCAUCCAAGGAAUCCUUGAAUGUUGAAGGGCAAGGUCAAUCUGUUUCGAAACAUUCAGAUGCAUCUGGUUCACCAAAAGAUAAUGAUCAGAUAUCUGAAGGUGAUGUUACUAGUGAAAGUGAAGUAUCAGUUGGAAUUGAAAGUGUAAAUGAGGAGCCAAGUACUGAAACUGGGGAUGGUAAUAGAGUUGAUAGAUUAGCAAAACUUGCCAAGCAAAUCGAUGAUUUCGAUCCAUCUCCUAUAUUUGAAAAGAAAGUGGUUCCAGGUGGUGUAGAAUAUACUGGAGAUAUAAAUGAUGAUAAAUUGGUUGACAAAUUGCUUAAUGAUUCAGCUGAUGAUGAGCAAAUCAGUAAAAUUAAUGUUGACAAGGAUGAUAAAGGUAAAGGUGAAAUAACUCCAUGUGAAGCUGAGGAAGUUGGUGAUGAAAGCAAGGAAGAUUCACCAGGUGAUGAUACUGAUGAGGGUGAUAUAGAUGAAAAUUCUACUAAUGCCAUAUCUAAUGUAGAAACUCCAGAAAACAGUGAAGAAUCUCAGCAAAAUGGGGACAUGUCAGCCAGUACUGAGUCGGAAGGUUUCCAAGAAGAGAAAGCAAAUGGAGAAAAUAACAACCCUGAAAAACCUACUGCAGCAAUAGAAGAAAACAAAGCCACACAGAACAAACAAGAUACACAGAAAGCGGAGACGACCUCGCCAACAAAAACAGCCAAAAGCAAGAAAAAAGAAGACAAAAGUAUAGAACAUAUAUUGAAAGCAUUAAGUAGUCUGCAGACGACGGAAGAGAAGCUAGCGGCUCUUUGCAAAAAAUACGCUGAUUUACACGAGGAGCACCGAGUCCUGCAGUCAUCGUACAAACAGAACCAAAGAAAACUUACUGUUACUACUAGAGAAAAAGAUCAGUUACAAGCAGAACAUACUAAGGCGGUGAUGGCCAAAAGUAAAUUAGAAAGUUUGUGUCGAGAAUUACAGAAACAUAAUCAAACUAUUAGGCAAGAAAGUUUACAGAGAGCCAAAGAAGAAGAUGAGAAAAGAAAAGAGAUAUCACAGAAAUUCCAGACAACCAUAGGAGAAAUACAAACUCAGAUGCAGGAAAACCAUGAACGAAAUAAACAGUUACGAGAAGAAAAUUUUGAACUAGCAAAUAAAUUGAAAAAGUUUAUAGAACAGUACGAAGCUAGGGAAAAGCAAGUAGAAAAAGUGAUACAACAUCGAGAACUAGAACAGAAACUAGCAGAUGCAAAAUUAGAGCAGGCCUCGGCAAUACUGAUGGAAGAGAAAGGAAGAAGUCAAAAAGAAAAGGAAUUGUUGAUACUACAGUCAACAGAAUACAUGAAGAAAAUGCAGCUUAAAGAAGCAGAGUUAAAUAUGUAUAAAGAAAGAUAUGAAGAAUUCCAGUCUACAAUCAAGAAGAGUGAAGAAAUGUUUUCAAAGUUCAAAGUAGAAAUGGAUAAGAUGACAAAAAGGUGUAAGAAGAUGGAGAAAGAUGGAGCUCAGUGGAAGGGAAAAUGGGAAAAUGCUAACAGAGCUCUGCUUGAAAUGGCUGAAGAGAAAACCAAGUAUGACAAGGAGAGAAGUUUAUUGAUGACAAAGAUCGGCAAAUUAGAGUCAUUGUGUCGAGCAAUGCAGGCUGAGAGACAAGCUCGAAAAAUGUUAGAUACGACUGAAAACGGAGGCACUGGGGUACAACCAGAGACAGACAUGGCCAAACUUGGUAUAGAUACUACUGAAGAUGAUAUGCAGUCGUCCCUUCCCCCGCUCCCUUCUGACCCCUUCCCAUUCAGGACAAGUCCCGUUAACACAGGUUCCACGCCAGCAUCAGAGGAAAGAGUGGCAGACUCUACGACAGGAGGAGAUAAUGCUGAAGACGGUGCUGAAAACACCUGUGGAGAAAAUGGGCCAAGUGAAGGCGACUCUGAUAAUUCUUGUGCCUCAGAACAAACAGGAGUUACUGUGAUCCAGCAAACACCAGCUGUCCAAUCAGAAGACAGCUCUGGUACUAAUAACCAAUCAGAAAGUCAGAUACAAGAAAUCACAAGUUCUGACCAAUCAGGAACAAGUUUACCACAGAAUGAUCAAAUGCAGAAUGACCAAUCAAACACAGCUUCUUGAUUUUGAAAGAGAAUUAUAUGAGAAGGCUUAAUGCAAAUUCAUUUGACAGUCAUUAAAGACAUAUUUGAACAUAAAAGUUUUGUGAUUUGUUUACUGCUCACAAAUCAAGAAUGACUCACAGAACACUAAAAAAUUAUAAGGAAUUCGAUGUUUAAUUCCUGUUUUAAAUUUAUGUUGAUCAUUUCUAAUGAAAAAUGUUAUUAGUUUGUAAAAUAUGUUCAUCAAAAUGAUUUAUAAAAUACAAAGCAUUUACAGAAAUCCCUUAUAAAAGAUAUAUGUUAUAAGAAACGGGAAUGCUUUUGAGAUGUCUUAUAAUGUGUUUGGAGUGGUUUUUAUUGUAGUUACAAGUUUUGGCAAUGAUAAUAGACAAAAUGGCUUUUCUGUGGUAGCCAUACUUGUAGAAGGGGAGAAAUUAGCUAAACUGAAGGCUGGUAGUUGUAGAAAAAGAAUAUUGCCAGCCUGUAGUAAAAUAUCUUGAGAACCGCUUUUCUUUAUAUCUUGUCAGUGUAUCUCGGCUUUUUGAUAUAUUUAUCAUGGGGAAAAAUCUUUUCCCAAAGUGGGAAAUAAAUAGCGUUGUUGUGCUCACUUGUGAUAUUUACAAGUGCGGUCAAGAAAUAUUUGCAUAUCAUUAUACAUAUGAUAGUGUUUUUGAACGAACCUGGGUUUUAUUGUAGGAAUUUUAGAUACUGGUAUGAAAGGGAAAGUGUAUUGUAAGAAGUUUUAUGGCAGUGAAUGGGGUAAUUUUUUGGUGCGAUUACUUUGCAUCCUUGGUCCGUAACAGAAAAAUGUGUUUUCGUAACAGUCAAAGAAUGCUGAAAUAGCACCAAGAGUAUUCAUUAUCAUAUGGAAAAUGCAGAUUGUCAUUGUGGGUCCACUGCCUUGAUAAAAACAUGUCAUUUUAGACAGAGGGGUGGGAAGAAAUGCCAUGGUAUGUACUAAACUGUUUUAACUUUCCACAAGUUUUUAGUAGGAUAGGCAGAUUUUUAUUCAAAGAUGGAAGGCAAGAAAACAAUAAUUUUGUUUGUAAUGCAAUUGUUUUAGGACACUAUAAAAAAAUCUUCCAACUUAGUAGGAAAAUUCAAGAGAUUUUUUACAAGUUUAAACCGUAUUCAUACAAAAAUCGAUAACUGAUACUGCCUGUUAUUUUUUCUGCCAUAUAUUUAUGUAAGUUAUAAAUGGAAUUGUCCAAAGCGCUCCUAGGGUUGGGAGGUUUUUAUGAAGGUCUUAGUUUGCUUCUUUUAAAUAAGGAAAUUUCAUGUUUAACAUGAUAGAUUUUCCUUUUCGGCAUGAACAAAUACUUAUUGCUGUAUUUGAUCAGUUUAUCCAUGAAUAUUUGCUUGCACAUUGAAAUUGUCUUGCAUCUGAAUUAUUCAUUUGCCAUUCUUUUUUCACAAAAUAAAGGUUUGUUUAAUUAUG